GCAGACCUGGGCUGAGAGAUGCGCAACGUUUGGCGAAAUCCGAGACCGUCACCAACGUUUGGCGUCCGUCACCGAGUAAAAUCUGCACUCCGAUGCGAGUGCCGACCUCGAGAUCCUCGGACCCCCGUCCGUCCUUUCUUUAGCUCCUGCUACUUUCCACCCACCAAGCUGCCACCUCCCGUCCCGCGGUGGUGAUCCCAGUAAAAUCAUCCUUCGAUCCCCAACGCCCGGCCGGAGACGCGAAACUGAAACCGCGCCCACCAACCAGCGAGACCCUCCCAAGGGCCGGCGGCCCCCGCCUCGGUCUCUCCGGCCGGCCGAUUGCUCGCGUCACCUCGUCGUAAAUUCGGCGGCCAAACCCACGACGGCAUAUCGUAUCGCGGCGUCCUUGUCCCGUCUUCUCCCCGGUUGGUUAUAGCUUGCCUGCCCAUCCUUGGAACGUGUCAGGGAGGUUAUGCAGUAGCUUGUGCGGCUGGGCUUCGUUUUUUGCUUUCGACGACAAGGGAAGGGGGAGGGAAGGGAAAGAGGAGGGAGGGAGCAAUGGGCGGAGCGGAGGACGCGCCGAACGGGCACGCCCCCGCCAAUGGGGGCGUGGAGGAGAAGGUGGACGAGCUGCGGCGCCUCAUGGGCAAGGCGGACGGCGACCCGCUCCGGAUCGUCGGCGUCGGGGCCGGGGCCUGGGGCAGCGUCUUCUGCGCGCUCCUGCAGGACGCCUACGGCCACCUCCGCGACAAGGUGCAGCUCCGCAUCUGGCGCCGCCCGGGCCGCGCCGUCGACCGCGCCACCGCCGAGCACCUCUUCGAGGUCAUCAACGCCCGCGAGGACGUCCUGCGCCGCCUGAUCCGCCGCUGCGCAUACCUCAAGUACGUCGAGGGCCGGCUCGGCGACCGCACCCUCUACGCCGACGAGAUACUCAGGGACGGCUUCUGCCUCAACAUGAUCGACACGCCGCUCUGCCCGCUCAAGGUCGUCACCAACCUGCAGGAGGCCGUCUGGGACGCUGACAUUGUCAUCAACGGCCUGCCGUCCACGGAGACCAGGGAUGUGUUUGGGGAGAUUGGGAGGUACUGGAAGGAGAGGGUUAAUGACCCAGUCAUCAUCUCCCUCACCAAAGGGAUAGAAGCGUCCCUGGAUCCGGUGCCGCGGAUCAUAACGCCCACACAGAUGAUUAGCAAUGCAACUAGGGUUCCAUUGGAUAAUAUUCUGUAUCUUGGUGGCCCUAACAUUGCCUCUGAAAUAUAUAAUAAAGAAUACGCUAAUGCUCGUAUUUGUGGAACCGACAAGUGGAGGAAACCUCUUGCUAAGUUUUUGAGGCAGCCUCACUUCAUUGUGUGGGAUAAUAGUGAUCUCAUCACUCACGAAGUCAUGGGAGGUUUGAAGAAUGUAUACGCCAUUGGUGCUGGUAUGGUGGCAGCAUUAACCAAUGAGAGUGCAACCAGCAAGUCCGUUUACUUUGCACUUUGCACAUCUGAAAUGAUCUACAUCACCCACCUUCUGGAAGAAGAACCUGAAAAACUUGCUGGCCCAUUGUUAGCUGACACCUACGUCACAUUGUUGAAAGGUCGAAAUGCAUGGUAUGGUCAUAAGUUAGCUAAAGGGGAAUUGACUCUAGAAAUGGGUGAUAGCAUAAAAGGCAAAGGGACAAUUCAGGGUGUCUCUGCAGUCGAUGCAUUUUAUAAACUCCUCAGUCAGGAUAGUUUGAGUGUAAUGCAUCCAGAAGGCAACAAAUCUGUUGCGCCGGUUGAGAUGUGCCCCAUCCUGAAAAGACUUUAUAAAAUUUUGAUCAAGAGGGAACUUCCUACUGAGUCAAUUCUUCAGGCUAUAAGAGACGAGUCGAUGUAUGAUCCACGUGAAAGAAUUGAGAUGGCGCAGGGCCACUCACUUUACCGACCAUCAAUUCUUGGUCAACCACACGGGGUCGCGAAAGCCUAGGACAGAUUUUCCUUUCCUUUCCCUUCUUUCUCGUAGUUUUAGACGUUUUCGAAGCUUUAUGUGCUCUUAUGCAUGCUGUUGUACCAUUGGUAAGUUAAAUGAAGAUUUUUAAUUGGUUGUUUUAAGGAAGACCUGUUUAGCGUGUUAGUAGCUUGAUGUGUUUCACGCCAAUCUGGCAAUCUUGUGUAUAUAGAAAGUUUGCUGAUUUAAUAAUUGUAAUCAUGUAUCGUGUUCCAAAUGGAAAAACGAUCCAAUCAUAUACUCCCUCUAUGUGUUUCAAAUGCAGCCUUGUUCAGAACUUCAGAUGUGUA